AUACUCUCUAGAUAUCUAAAUGUCUCCACCUCUUCCAGAGCUUCUCCACUAAGAGUGAUUAGGUUGGUUCUCUCUGUGUUGUAUUUAAAGAUCUUGCUUCUCCCGUUAUAUAAGUUGAGGCCUGUCGGUGUAGUCAGCUGCUACACUAACUGUCUCCACCUGUAUUUGUCGUUCUGCACGGGGUAGAACAACUAGGUUCUAAUCGUCUCCAAAUCGUCUCUCUUCAUCAAUUAAAAUCAAAGAGAAACGUGAAAUCAUUGUUGCACGGACUAGAAUAAGUUUUCGACAGCAAUUUAAUGUACAUACACACUCGUAAAUAAGUCUUUAGUUACAUUCUUAAUAUGUUUAUAAAUGACCGGAUCAAGGCAUAUAGCACAGACUUCACCCCGAGAACAGAACAAAAACAUUGGUGAUGUCUAAUGUAGUAUAUCAAACAGAAGUUCGUUUAGUGAUCCUUAAAUAUAUUGAUAAUAUGUUGUAUUCUUUUCGUAUAAAUGACUCUUAGUUUUUUAUCAAUUUGUUAAAAUCAACCUCUAUCCCUUUCUCCUUAAGAGUAGAGCAUAUUCGAAACUUGCGGAACGAGUAUAAAAGCUCAGCUGUUUUAUCAAAAUAGUCGUUGCGUUGGUUGACAAUGACGUUUCACGCAGGGCGUCUGUUGGUCGGUCGUGAAAAGGAGCAACAGUUUUUGUUUUCGUUAAUGUGUAAAAAAAACCCUUUAUCCACAUGCUUUGUUAUCACAGGCCCUCCGGGUUGUGGCAAAUCAGUUUUAGUGUCCUCAACAUUCGAACUUCUAGAAGAGUCUUGUGGAAUGUUAUGGGUGUUAAUUAGCUGCCUAGAAAGCUUUGUGGGGACCCAAGGGACAUGUGGAACUACUUCAUCAAGAUAUUUUCUUGAAUUGAUUUUACAGUCGAUUAAGUGUCGUUAUCUGCCCGAAGCUGAUUUAUGUAUUAGUUGUGAAGAUACCUCCAGUUUCAUAGAUAACUUAUGUCAAAUUUUGCUAGCUAUUGGAGCUAGAAAUACUCAUGACCAAACUUGUGUGGGGUUAAUUUUCGAACAGGCUGAGAGACUGUGCGAUGGGGAAUCACUAGUCCUCCCCUUAAUCAUCGGUCUUGGAGCUUCUGUAAAUGAAAAGCUAAAUCAAUUAGGCAAUCUUCACACACCACUGUUGUUCACUGUCCUGGUAACUAGGUUGCCAUGGGAGAAGUUUAAUUUCGGGACAUUCAGUUUUGAACCUUAUGUUAUCUCUGUUGAAAGUUAUUCUCGUGACCAGUUGGCAAGAUUACUUACAUCUUUGUUACCGUCUAAUGCAUCUGAAUCUCGUUUCAACAGGUUUGUUGACUUACUAUUAACAGUUUGCUUCCCUGUUUGUCGUAACGCUGGUGAACUCAUUCAUUUAAUGAAUAUAAACUGGAAUGCUUUUAAUGAACCUGUAAAUAAAGGCUUGGUUGCCGCGGACGAUGAAUGGGGUCAAUGGAAGUUGGCUCAACCAUAUCUCAAAAAGUCUUUGUCUACUCUGUAUUUGCGUCAUUAUGGGGAUUCAAAUUUAGAUUCUCUGUCUACGAAAAACGCUGGGAGACAAAAUUUUUUGGAAUUACCUUAUUUGACUAGAUUUUUACUUAUUGCUGCAUUUAUGGCUUCACAUAAUCCCCGCUCAUCGGACAAAAAGCUCCUGACAAAGAACUCCGGACGUUUAAGUAUCCGUAAAAAGAAACAGGAAAAGGAAGUAUGCAAGACACAAGCAGAGUUUACUGGCCCUCGAAUCUUCACCCUAGAUCGCUUGUUGGCAAUAUUCUAUGUCCUAGUACAAAAUGAAUUUGCAAAAGUACCAUGCACAAGUAUUUUAAUGAGUCAAAUUGCCUGUUUAACAGCCUGUGGUCUUUUAUCGCCAAGUUCACAGGCUUUGUCUGUUGGAAAUUCAUCUACUACUGGAUUGAGUACAACAAAUAGUUCAGCUAACGCUAUAUCUGAUUUAGACCCUUUGGCUAACCCUAAAUAUCGUUGCUUGAUAAGUUUAGAAAUUGCUAAAAGUAUAGCACAGUCGGUUGACUUUGAUUUGUUAUCUCAUCUUACAGAGAAUUAUAACUCGUGAAAAAUAUACAUUUACUGAUUUAUUUAUUUUUGUAUCGAGAUUCUUUGUAUUUUUGUGUUUGUAUAUAUUAUUCUCAUAGUUUACAGAUAAUUUGACGUAUGUUCUAUAAAUUACUUAACUUUAUGA